AAUUGUAUUCAGCUGUUUGAUUGGUUUCUUUCGUCUCCUUUCUGGGAACAACCUCAAAAGCAUCCUCACUGCGCAGCCAAUCACGCCACGCAUCCCGUGUGCCACAGAGUCACGCUCUAAUUAGACCUUAAAGUGUGUGGAAAGUGAACACGAUCUGUUCCUCUGCUUCACGCGUGCAAGCCGACACGGGCAUCAUGAAGAAAACGCCAAAUCCAGCUCUGAAGAGGUCCUUCGAAGUGGAAGAUGUUGACACAUCAGCUCACUCGUCACCUGGUUCUCGACGCACAACCAGCUCUCCCCACCGCAACGCCAUGUCCCCCACCAGCAUCUAUUACCGUGACCUGGGUACCGGAGCCACGGUUACAAACAACAACAACCUCAACUACACCCAACCUCGCUCCAUCAUGGGGGGAGGAGGCUCCAAAACUCCCGAGCCUGUGUCACGUCGCUCAGAACUAUCCAUUGAUAUCUCUUCGUCAUCUAACAAGCAAUUGGAUGCUACAAGCCCUGCGUCCGUGCGCUUUGCAACCAACAGCGCCCUGAAGCGCCCUGAGGUUCUCGGCCACUCCAAGACUCCAGAAAUGAGCCACAAGAGGGAGGUCACUUUUGCCAAGACAGACUCCCCGGGAACACGCCGUAAUGAAGGCAGCAGUAACACCAACGGCACCACUCGCAUUGCAGAACAAAGUCACACCCGCAGGUUUGAGCCUCCCAGUCCUGGGGACAUUCGCAAACCUGAAAUUAGCAUCACGAGAGCGCCAGUAGAGAACAAUGGCCACCACCCAGCAGUGCACCACCCACACCAUCCUAAUCCACACCACAACACCAUCGUCACUACCUUCCGAUGCUCCUCACCAAACCACGCUGGACGGAAAUCUCCCAACCCUGACCGGUCAGAAAUCAGUCUGAGCCACAGCAACAUGUCCGACUACACCAAGCCACACCACCCAAACCCGCCGCAUGGCAAAGGGGACAAGGCCCACCACGGCAGCGACUUUAGCUAUGUUGGCAUCGACGCCAUCCUGGAACAGAUGAGGAGAAAGGCCAUGAAGCAAGGCUUUGAACUCAACAUCAUGGUUGUGGGACAAAGUGGCUUGGGCAAGUCUACUCUGAUGAACACGCUGUUUAAAUCAAAGGUGAGCCGUAAGUCAGUUGAGCCUAAAGCGGAAGACAGGAUCCCAAAAACGGUGGAGAUCAAGUCCAUCAGUCACGAUAUUGAAGAGAAAGGUGUAAGGAUGAAGCUGACGGUCAUCGACACGCCAGGCUUCGGGGAUCAGAUCAACAAUGAGAACUGCUGGCAGCCCAUCAUGAAGUUUAUCAAUGACCAGUAUGAAGCCUACCUUCAAGAAGAGAUCAACAUUGACAGGAAGAAGAGGAUCCCAGAUUCGAGGGUGCACUGCUGCAUAUACUUUAUCCCGCCAACUGGCCACUGUCUGAGGCCACUGGAUGUGGAGUUCAUGAAGCGUCUGAGCAAGGUGGUGAACAUCGUGCCCGUCAUCGCCAAGGCAGACACGCUCACGCUGGAGGAGCGGGACUACUUCAAGCAAACGAUAAGGGAAGGGCUGCGGGCCAACGACAUCGACGUCUAUCCUCAGAAAGAGUUUGACGAGGAUGCAGAGGACAGGAUGAUUAAUGACAAGAUCAGGGAAAUGAUCCCCUUUGCUGUGGUGGGCAGUGAUCAGGAGUAUCAGGAGAACGGCAAGAGGAUUCUGGGAAGGAGAACAAAAUGGGGCACCAUAGAGGUGGAGAACAUUGCGCACUGUGAGUUUGCUUACCUGCGAGACCUCCUGAUCAGGACACACAUGCAGAACAUCAAGGACAUCACUGGAAGCAUCCAUUAUGAGACGUACCGCGUGCGGAGGCUAAACGAGUCCAACGGUCACUUCAGCCCACACCCGCCCGAGCGUCCUCCCGCUCAGCUGAAGGCCAACGGUCAGCCCGAGCUGCUACCGGCCGGGGCCAUGCAAGCCAAUGGGGUGUCUAUCCAACAUCAAGUUCUGACCCACGAGAUGUAGAAACACACACGCUCGCACACGCAUUCCGUUUACAUGAACAGAUAGAUUUGCAGAGACAUGUUCUAUGAGCCUCAAUAUAUUUUCCUAAUGGGAUUUUUCAGUAAAAUCAAAAAUGGGCUGAAGCACAGCAACAAAACCACUUUUCUAUCAAAAUAAUAUACAUGGAAAUCCACUCCUUCUGCUAAUAAGUUUUCCAUACAUCCACACAAUUGUUAAUAUACAGUACUAUAGGGGUGGGGAACCAAUAGCCAACGAGGGCAUGGUUUUCACUCACGUAACAGCCAAUCACAGGGCGUAUAUAGACAAACAAAACAUUCACCUCUACGGACGAGUUAAAGUGUUCAGUUAACCUAAGCAUGCUUGUUUUUGGAAUGUGGGUGGGCAGUACUAGGAGAUAAUCCACGUAAACACGGGGAAAACAUAUAAACUCCACACAAGAUGGCCAGAGCCCAGAUUCCAACCGCUAACCUCAAAACUAUGUUGUGGUGAUGCUAACCACUUUUCCACUGUGCAAAAAAUACUCCGAGGAACUAUUUUAAAAGUCCACAAAUUUUGAAACCACAAUGAUGGUCAUAAUAGUCUCAUACUGAACAUUUGGAGAUCUUUAUUAGAAACAAGUAUGAGAGCCCCAGCAGAAAGAAAUGGGGGGAAAGCGUGUAAACAAUAAAUGUUAUAAAUGUUUUACUUGGUAAAAAAAAAAUAAUUGGAAAACAAAUUUUACAAGGAUAAAAGAUUAAUAUUAAGAUAAUAUGACAUUACAAUAGAAUUCUGAAAAAGUCAUAUUAAAAAAAAAAAUUCUUGUAGUAUUAUGCAUUUAAGAAAUGCAUUUUUUCUAUUAGGAAAAGUUUUUAAUUUUUUUAAAUUUGGGUUUUGCUCCCAUAAGAUUUUUUCAAACUUCAUUCAAGUUAAACACCACUUCACUCUUAUAAUUACUUUUUUCCUGGAGAUAAAAAAAAGCUCCAAACAAAAUGUUUUUUGUUUUUUUCCAAUGCUAUGACUUUUGUACUCUGAAUAAUACCCCUUUAUUUCUACUUGCCCCAUUGUCCCCUGCAAAAGGUUUCCCACCCCUUAUUUAAAGCAUACAGUGGUGAAUCUAACAUGGCAUUUAUACAUCAUUUUAGGUAAAACAAACAGCAUUUAGUCUUUAGUUUAGCUCUGAUUUGUGACAUCAGUCCGGUUGACUUUGUGUUGUCAUAUACAGUAAGUACUUGUGUUUAGUUUCUAGGCUGUGUGGGAUAUUUAGAUUUCCGUGAUUUUAUUCAGGAGCAAGUGAGAUUCAUUAGGUGUUUCCACACUGUCAAUUGAGAAAAGAGCAACAGUGUGGAUCAGCUCUUGCAAACGUUUUGUCAUACACUGGUAUGCAAAAGUUUGGGCACUCCUGAUAA